ACAUUUUGCUUCCGGAGUCACGUUCCUUUCCCUCACAUGGUGGAGCUGUGGAGGAAUCUGCUGCGAUCAGAUGAGCAAAAUAAACCCGUUUUCCACCUAAUAUCGGCGGCAUCGAAACAAAGAGAAAGGGGGGAGAGGGCGAGCGAUGUGUCCAAACUGGUUUCUAAAAUAAAAAAUAAAAAGUAGCAUGCUAGCAAGCUAACAAAGUGGUUCAGUGUGUUGGGAAUUGAGGACUUUCCAUCAUCAUGGCUCUGUACAUCAAAGCCGCAGAGAUCCUACAGAAAGCCGAGAUGAAACAGGGCGCCCUGAAGACUCUGGUUUAUGACAGUAAGUUUCCUAGCAUCAAGCAGCUCUUCGCUCUGGUUUGCGAGACGCAGAAGUUCUCCUCCAUCCUGCAGGAGAUCAUCGAGUCCACCAAGCUGCUGAAGCACACCAAGCUAAAGAUGACCCUGGCUAAGGUGCUGGUGUACGACCUGCUGAUAGGCCAGGGGCUGAAGUGCGGCGGCACCUGGAAGGCCAAGAUGAUGAAGCACCGACCCCGCCUGCAAGCGGAGCUGGCCCGCAUGAAGGUGAGGAGGAAAGUUAGCAGGAAUGAAGACCUCCUUCCAGCCAGCGCCCAGCAGACCCCCAGGAACCAGCUGCCCAGGUAUGUGCGUGUGAACACCCUGAAGACCUCCGUGGAGGAUGCUGUAGACUACCUGAAGAGGGAUGGUUUCUCCUACCUAGGUCAAGCUCUGAAGCUGGAUAACUUAACCUUGAAGAAUAAGGACUUUGUGAUGGACCUGCACCUACCAGAGCUCCUGGUGUUUUCGCCUAAAACCGAAUUUCAUGAUCACUUCCUCUACAAGGCAGGUCACAUCAUUCUGCAGGACAAAGCCAGCUGCCUCCCUGCAUAUCUCCUCGACCCUCCACCAGGUAGCCACGUCAUUGAUGCUUGUGCUGCUCCUGGCAACAAAACCAGCCACCUGGCGGCCAUCAUGAAGAACAGAGGAAGACUGUUUGCAUUUGAUCUGGAUGGGAAGCGUUUGGCCACCAUGUCAACUCUGCUGCUCAGAGCAGGGGUCACCUGUCACCAGCUGGCCAAUCAGGACUUCCUAAAGGUGGACACUAAUGGUCCACAGUAUAAAGAUGUAGAAUAUAUCCUGCUGGAUCCAUCCUGCAGUGGAUCAGGUAUGGUGUGCCUGCGGGACGACUCCACAGCCCACCCGGAGGAGGAAAAGGCCCGCCUGGCAUCACUGGCCUCCUUCCAGCUGAAGUGCCUGAACCAUAGCCUCAGGUUCCCCCGCCUGAAGCGCCUGGUCUACUCCACCUGUUCCAUCCACAGCCAGGAGAACGAGGAAGUCAUCGCUGCCUGUCUGCAGCAGAACCCGAACUUCAGGUUGGUACCACUGCUGGGUCAGUGGCCCGAACGAGGGCUGGAGCCGCUCCCACAGUGUUUACGUGCCAGCACCACCAAGACCCUCACACAAGGCUUUUUUGUGGCUCUGCUGGAAAAAGUUUGUGAUGCUGGGACUCUAAAGGAGAAACCUGCAGUUCCAAAAAGUGAAACUGUGGAUGUCCUGCCUGCUCCUGCUGUUGCAGAGGAAAACGCUGAAUUAUCAGAUACAGAGAAGCUGAUGUUCACUGCGGGAGACACCACUGAUGAUUCAUCCAGCAAGAAAAAGAGGAGAAAAAGAAAGAAGAAGAAGAAGGCAGCCAAAGCAGAAUUAAAUUUAAAAUAAGUUUUCUGUAAAUGUAAAGUAAAGAGAAUUUUCUUAAUAAAUUUACCUGUUUGACUCAUUA